UAAUCGCAUUUUAAAGCUCUACACUCUUUAGUUACACAAACAUGAAGACGUCGACCGAAACAGGAAGCUCAUGUGAUACUUCAGCGACACAACAUUUGGUGAAAAUGUUCUCAGAAACUGCAUCGAGCCCCCCCGGCUCUGCGUGAACUCUCCAGCCGGCGCCGUCGCACUCUGCUCCGGGUGCGGAGGACGCCAUCGCCCGCUGAACCAGAUGUUUGCUAACGCAGGCUAACCUUACCUUUUUACUUCUGUCGAUCCCUCAACAUCUGGAAGUUAGCAUGUAGCACAGCUGUCCAGGUCAUCAUGUGAGUAUAAAAGAGGGCCAGGUGGAGCUGUGAGGCCGCAGAGGACGGACGCUCAACUGAGAGGAGACGACAACCGACCGACCGACCGACCAGCAACAAAGAGGAGAAGACGUUUAUUACAGUCCGAGGAGAUGGAGGUCACAAAGAGCGCCAGGAAAGACGACCAGGGAGAAGUCGGAAGCGACCUAUCGGAGCGGAUUAAAGCCGCCACCAAAGAUAACCACGUCCGAGCUGAAAACACACAGCUGAUGCUGAGUUACCAGAAGGGACAGAUCACGCUGCCACAGUACAAGGUGCUGCUGUGCUCGCUCUACGAGAUCUACAAGGCGCUGGAGGAGGAGCUGGACAGAAACUCCUCCCAUCCCGCCGUCGCACCGAUUUACUUCCCUCAGGAGCUCGCUCGCCUGGAGUCACUCGAGAGCGAUCUGGAGUUUUUCUUUGGCGCGGCGUGGAGGAAGAGGGUGAUCGUUCCCGCCGCCACGCACCGAUACGAACAGAGGCUGCGCCAGAUCGGCAGAGAGAAACCGGAGCUGUUGGUGGCGCACGCUUACACCCGCUACCUCGGGGAUCUCUCAGGAGGUCAGGUGCUGGGGAAAAUUACCCAGAAGUCUCUGGGGCUGAGCGGCAGAGAGGGGCUGUCCUUCUUCUCCUUCCCCGGCGUGAGCAGCCCGAACCGCUUCAAGCAGCUUUACAGGAGCCGGAUGAACAGCGUCGAGCUGACGGAGGACGAGACGGCGGCGGUGCUGGAGGAGGCGGUCGCCGCCUUCGAGCUCAACAUCCAGGUUUUUGACGACCUGCAGAAAAUGCUGAGUGUCGCCGCGGAGACGUCCGACCAAUCAGAGAGCGGCGGUGUCAAAACUUCUCUGUUCCUGUCUUCACCCGUCAUACAGUUCACCGUGGGAGUGUGCGUUGCCUUGACAACAAUCGGAGUGGGACUGUACUCCUUUUAGACUCCAGUUUCAACAUGAGCACACAGCACUUUAAAAACCUGAUUUAUAAACUGUGAUUUGAAAUCAGUCCGCUUUACGUUUAUUUUAACUUUGUGAUUAUUUGUUUUCACCUCUUCUCUCUCCGUCGUGCUUUUGAUGUUUUCUGUGAAACUCUUUGAAUCGCCUUGUUGCUGAAAUGUGAUUUAGAAAUAAACUUCUUUCAGUACAGAAA